CAGGGAAAACUUUCACUUAUCUCUUCUUUAACUUAUCAUGGAAAUGGAACUGCUGUCCGAUUGAAGAUCAGACUACAAGAAAAAGAAAAUUGAAAUUCAGAGGUCAACACCAUCAAUGUAUUAUUUUUCAGAAAAUUAGCAAAGGACUGUGUGGAAGUUUUCUAUGAAGGGGACACCAUUGCUGUGACUGGAUUUAUUGUUUUGUCAGCACCUUCCACAGGCAGAGAUGGUAAAUUUUGCAUAUUUUUGAAAGCAUUUGAAAACUUCAACUGUUUAUGUUUAUGUUAAAUCUGUAAGAGAUUUUUCUACAGAAUCAAUGUCUUUGGUUCCAGCAACAAAUUAUACAUACACACCCCUGAAUCAACUUAAGGGUGGUACAAUUGUCAAUGUCUAUGGUGUUGUAAAGUUCUUUAAGCCCCCAUAUCUAAGCAAAGGAACUGAUUAUUGUUCAGUUGUAACGAUUGUGGACCAGACAAAUGUAAAGUUAACAUGCCUGCUCUUUAGUGGAAACUAUGAAGCCCUUCCAAUAAUUUAUAAAAAUGGAGAUAUUGUUCGCUUUCACAGGCUGAAGAUCCAAGAAUAUAAAAAGGAGACUCAGGGUAUCACCAGUUCUGGUUUUGCAUCUUUGACAUUUGAGGGAACUUUGGGAGCACCUGUAAUACCUCGUACUUCAAGCAAAUAUUUUAACUUCACUGCUGAGGACCACAAAAUGGUAGAAGCUUUACGUGUUUGGGCAUCUACUCAUAUUUCACCUUCUUGGACAUUACUAAAAUUGUGUGAUGUUCAGCCAAUGCAAUAUUUUGAUCUGACCUGUCAACUCUUGGGCAAAGCAGAAGUGGAUGGAGCAUCAUUUCUUCUAAAGGUAUGGGAUGGCACCAGAACACCAUUCCCAUCUUGGAGAGUCUUAAUACAAGACCUUGUUCUUGAAGGUGAUUUAAGCCACAUCCAUCGGCUACAGAAUCUGGCAAUAGACAUUUUAGUCUACGAUAACCAUGUUCAAGUGGCAAGAUCUCUGAAGGUUGGAAGUUUUCUUAGAAUCUAUAGUCUCCAUACCAAACUUCAAUCAGUGAAUUCAGAGAGCCAGACAACUUUGUUAAGUCUAGAGUUUCAUCUCCAUGGAGGUACCAGUUAUGGUCGGGGAAUCAGGGUCUUGCCAGAAAGUAACUCUGAUGUGGAUCAACUGAAAAAGGCUUUAGAAUCUGCAGAUUUGGCAGCUAAUCAGCAUUCAGAUGGUAUCUGUCAAUUAGAACAUGAGGACAGCUUUCCAACUGUUUCAAGCUCUGGAUCAGUAUCAUUAUAUGAGGUAGAAAGAUGUCAACAACUGUCUGCCACAAUACUUACAGAUCAUCAAUAUUUGGAAAAAACACCACUGUGCGCCAUUUUGAAACAAAAAGCUCCACAACAAUAUCGCAUCCGUGCAAAAUUGAGGUCAUAUAAACCCAGAAGACUCUUUCAGUCUGUUAAACUUCAUUGUCCUAACUGUCAUUCGUUACAAGAAGUUCCACAUGAGGGUGAUUUGGAUGUAAUUUUGCAAGGUGGUGCAAUUAAAACCCCAGAUAACAAACUACAAGAUACGUCAUUAUAUGAUUCAAAAGUCUGGACCACUGACGGUCAAGGAGGAAGAACAGUAGCUAUUCAUUUUGUGAAAAAUAAUGGAAUCCUUCCACUAUCAAAUGAAUGUCUGAUUUUGAUAGAAGGAGGUACACUCAAUGAAAUCUGCAGACUUUCAAAGAAGUUUCAUAGUGUAAUUCCUGUGAGAUCUGGCCUUGAAGACUUGGAACUCCUGGACCUUUCAGCACCAUUCCUUAUACAAGGAAAAGUACAUCACUAUGGGUGUAAACAGUGUUCUAGUUUGAGACCAAUACAAAAUCUAAAUUCCCUGGUUGAUAAAACAUCAUGGAUUCCUUCUUCCGUGGCAGAAGUACUGGGUAUUGUACCCCUCCAAUAUGUGUUUGUUAUGACAUUUACUCUUGAUGAUGGAACAGGAGUAUUAGAAGCUUAUCUCAUGGAUUCUGACAAAUUCUUCCAGAUUGCAGCAUCAGAAAUCCUAAUGGAUGAUGACCUUCAGAGAAGUAUGGAUAUGAUCAUGGAUAUGCUUUGCCCUCCAGGAAUAAAAAUUGAUGCAUAUCCAUGGUUGGAAUGCUUCAUCAAGUCAUAUAAUGUGUUGAAUGAAAAUGGAGUAGAGCAGCAAAUUUGCUAUCAGAUUUUUGACACCACAGUUGCAGAAGAUCUUGUCUAAUGUUGCCAUUCAACUUAACAUAUGUAAAAUGUAAUUUUUAAAAACAUUACUCUUUUCUAUGAGAUUGUUAUAAACACGUAAGAGAUUUAGCUGUUUUUGAACUAACAUCCACAUUUCCUUUUUAACUACCAUUUGAGAUUUUUUUGACAAAUAGACUUUAUGUUAUCUUAAUGCCUUCUUGCAAGUAUGUUAACAAUGUUCCUGACUCUCAAAAUAUCCAUAUGACGGCUUCCAGGGAAAUAAAAGAAAAAGAGGUAUUAAAUAAGGACUAUUUUUUCACUUACUCUUUGCAGUUCUCUUUUCAGAGAAGCUAUUUUGUUACCCAACACUAAAAAGCACUUUUCCUAUUGGUUUUUCCAUGUGUCAGCCACUUAUUUCUCUGCACCUGCCAUCUCUAGUUGGGCUUCUUUUCCUGCCCUGACUUUUAUAUUAGCAAUGUUGAUGAUGUUAGCAUGGGAGUGGGAUUAGAAAAUGUCCUUGCCUUGAAUCUCUUUGCUUUUAUUGGGUGCAAGGUAAAUAAUGCCUACUGGUUUUGUUUUGUUUUUGUACAGAAGCAUCUGCUUAAAUAAGUACUGCUUAAAAAAGUGUUUGUCUGAGUGAGCUAUAGUAUUCUGAAAAGGUGAUUUGCUUUAAGUAGAAGUGGCAAAAUUGCUUUGUUUGGGUGCUGAUACUGACCGUUUUAAGAUAAAUCCAUUUCUUUAAGACCUGAAUUAUGGGCCUUGAUUACUUGUUUUUCUCCGUGAUAUUAGAAAUUAUUCCAUUCCACCUCAACCUAAUAAAAUGGUCAGGUUUAUGAUGUUAGAGACUUAUUUAUGUUACCCUUUUUUAAUAGUAUUAUGUGUAAAAUAUACCUAUAUUACAGGUUUUAACUAAUUGAAUGAGGUGUUAUUUCAGUAUAAUUGUCUGCUUUUUACCUGACAAUGUCUGUCAAAUUUAAAAUCAUGAAUAUUCAAUUUUAUACACAUAUUUCUAUAUAUUUGUAUAUAAGUAUAGAUUUGUGUAUGUUAUUUGCUAGAGACUAAGAGAUACAGAUCUGCCUACUUCGAUAUUAGUGAAGAAUAAAUAAUUGCACACAUUUCAA